UAUUACGUGACCGGGGGGAAAAAAAAAAAAAAAGGCAUUUGAUUCAUGAAUAAAAAUCCGGACACCACCACGGGGGCAACAAACAAUAUUGCCCGUCCUCUAAGGUAACAAGCAGGCAAAUGUUUACGAAGAGGGCUCUUGCUGAAGCGGGGUGUUUGCAAAGAUUUUGUUGCUAAUUGCGUAUCAGACGGAAGGCUGCGGAAGGCUGGUCAAGUUUGGAGCCACCGAGCAGGAAGAGAAGAAGAGGAGAAGGCUGAAGGCUCUCAGUGAGGGGAGAGAUCUGGGGAAGACAACAUCGCACGCAGCCAGCCCGCGGCUCCCCGCCUCCGCUCCCUCCCGGGCUCGUUCGCUCUCUUCCCCGUUCCCCUGCGCUCCCUUCUCCGGCGGCAUCUCGCUCCAUCCCUCUUUCUCCCUUCCCUUGCAGACUCCACUCCAGAUCUGUGCUGCUACCUGCAAACUUUUUUCCCCUCAUCUUUUUUUUUUUUUCUUCUCCCCCCUCCUCUCUGUCUCUUUUCCUUUUUGGAGUGGAUUCCCCUAAAACCAGCAAACAACUAACUGCUGCUUUUGCGUCUUCUUCAUCCCGCGGGUCCUUCGCCCAUCGGAAAGGCGAUGCCACAAGGGGUUUAACUCCUUUCGGCCGCAACCUGGGAGACAGCUCUAUUUUUACCCCCCACCCCCCUCCAUUUUGGGUCCUUUUUUAUUACCUUUUUUUUUUCUUUUUUUUUUUUUUUUUAAGACCUCUUUUAGUUUCGCAGCCAAACGCUCUUAGUGCCGGGUGUUUAGAGUUUAAUGAGUGGCAAUGUGUAGCAAAGCGAUCCUAGCACUCCUGGUCUAUGGCAUAAUAAUGCACUGCAGCGUCUACUGCUCACCUGCGGCCGGACUUCAGUACCCGGCGCUCAGGCUGGAGGAUGAAGUCUACGACGAGGACGGCAACACCCUGCAGGAUUUCGCCUAUGACCACGAUCCCCUCGGUAUAGCGAAUCCGUCCUCCAUGAUAGGCGAGAUGUACACCUUGUACUACCCACCGGAAAAGAGGCACGCCGAUGGGAUCUUCAACAAAGCAUACAGGAAACUCCUGGGCCAGUUAUCCGCCAGGAAAUAUCUGCACUCCCUGAUGGCCAAGCGGGUCGGCGGUGCCAGCGGCGGCCUGGGGGACGAGGCGGAACCGCUGACCAAGCGGCACAUAGACGGCAUCUUCACGGACAGCUACAGCCGCUACCGGAAACAAAUGGCUGUCAAGAAAUACUUAGCAGCCGUCCUGGGGAAAAGGUAUAAACAAAGAGUUAAAAACAAAGGACGCCGAGUAGCGUAUUUGUAGCGAUGAGUAACCAGCCACUCCUGUGUAUACAAAGUCCUGAGAGAGAGAAAGAAAGAGAGAGAGAGAGAGAGAGAGAGAGAGAGAGAAAGAGAGAGAAACCCAACAACAACAAAAAAUCUAAACAAAAACAAAAGUCAUUUCCAAACUGACUGAACAAUCACCGCUCCUGUGUUAUCUAAACAUGUAUUUAUGUAUGAAGUAAAGCCAUUAAAUGAAUAUUUUGAUAAUAAUAUUGUUUUUCUUUUGUACAAAAGCACUAGAGAAACGCACAGAUCUACUUUGUGGACCAAUCAUUAAGUUAUAUAUAAUAUAUAAAUAUAUAUAUAUAAAUACUACUACAAAUACUAAAGAACAAUUCUUCAUAUAAAGCCUGCAAAAGAACAAGAAUUCGCCUGAGCUGUUUAUGUUUUUAUAUAAAAUAAAUAGAAAAAAAGAGACAAUCAUUGUUUUGAAUAUUACUCCUAUUUUUGUAACGGAAAUUAAAAGGAUAGUAUUUUUAUCCGCGACAGGGUCGAAGACAUUAAUUUUCACCAUUUGCUACUGUACAUAGAGAAGGAUGCCCUGCUCCCAGGGGAUUAUGAGGAAAAAGAUUUGGGAGAAUUGGUGAAGCAGAUUCUUCCCCCGGUGAGUCUCAAGGCAGGCUCCUUUGCCACUAGCCUCUCCGAAGGGGCAGCGUCCCCUUUCCUCUAGAUUUCGAUAUUUUUUUUCUCCCGCUUUCUUUGAUUCCAGUUGUAUCUGUAUUAGCGUCUCCUCAAACAAUGAGCUUAGAGGCUAAUUCUCUUGCGAAAACAACAGCUCGAUCCAAAUUGUGUAUCUCUGUUGCCUGUUGGAGGGAGAAAUAGUUUAAAAAAACCAACAGCAACAAAAAUUCAAACCAACCAACCGAACAAAAAAAAAAGCCAAACCCCAACCCCUAAAUCCCGAACCAGCAGCAAGGAUAGUAAGUCCGAAGCCCCGUGCACUGCUUUUCUGGCUGGCUGGGCAGAGUUGCAGAACAAAGCGAAAGCGGAGACAGGACCCUUUUGGGAAGAGCGGGGAAGUGAGCGGGGGCGGCCCCCGGCGCCCCCCGGGGCCGGGGCCGGGGCCGGGGCCGCAAGGUCGAGGGAAGACGAGGCGAUCCCACCUCCGAUCCGCUACCCAACUGCCCCGGGCAGCUCGGUACUGGACCUGGAUGCAAAGUACAGUGUGUUACUCUCCAGUGCUGUCCAUGCUUUUCAUCAUGUAUAACGAGCAGGGUUCUCGCCUUUGCUUUUUUGUUUGUUUGUUUGUUAUUUUAUUUUUUCGGUCGGAGUUGCUCUUUUCUUUGAUUGUUUUUUCUUGUAGACCCCCUCCCGCCUCUCAUCCUCUCUUCGCACUUUUCCGAGCUCUGUUUAACCCACCUGAGUCACCUUUUUGGGUUAUGUUCUUUUUGGGGGAAAAAAAAAAAAAAAAAGAUUGUGAACGCUCUCUCACUCCUUUGUUCUGUUUUAUGCAAGCUCUUAUUGUACAAGUUUAGGAACCCCUGUUGUAGCUACCACUAAAGAAUUAUGCACUACUACGAAAGUUUUUGUUCCUUGUUUAUUGAGUUUGGAGGUAAAAUGUAUUUUUCUACAUUCUGGCUUAUUGCUUAGUAAAAUUUAUUUCAUAAAACAAACUUUUGUCAUAAAAGAAUGUGUAGUGUUCACCUGUGGUCCGGUUUCUAACGAGAUAAACCAUUUUCACCUCA